AUAAGCUUACAUGAGUAAAAGGAGAGAGAGAGAACCGUGCUCUUCAACGUCUUCACAAGAAACUUCACCGAAACCUAAGAAUAUAAAAAUGGCCGACGACGAAGAAGAAGGUGUUCCAACUUUAUCAAUGAUAUAUAAGAAACUAAUGGAAGUCCAGAAUAACACAGAGGAAAUUAUGAAGGAGAAUGCUGGCUUAAAAAAGGAAUUUGAGGAACUUAGGAAAGCCUCUGAAUUUCAAUCCGAAACUAUCAAAGAGUUACAAAAGGAAAAUGUUCAAUUGCGCAAUGAAUUGAAGGAACAAAUCACUAUUUCGGAUACCUUACUAAGCAAUAUAGCAACACUCAACUGCAGGAUAAGUCAGCAAGAUGAACCGUUAGACGAAUUAAAUCAAUAUCAAAGAAAAUAUAACAUUGAGAUUCAAGGGAUACCAGAACGAGACGGAGAAGAUCUGGAAGACAUUGUAGAAGAUAUAGCGAAGGAAAUCAACGUAGAAAUAGAAUCAAACGACAUCGACAUUGUGCACAGACAGAGAUCAAAACAGAAUCCUAAGCCAAUACUAGUUAAAUUUAAGCACUAUGAUAAUAAAAGAAGCAUGUAUGAAGCAAGAAGAAAGCUGAAAAGUUACGAAGGAAGCAGCGAUAAAAUUAAUGGUGCGGAAAAARUCUACAUCAACGAGCAUUUACUGCGGAGAGAAAGAGGCUUUUCGCCGAGGUACGGAAGAGAGCUAAGCAGUAUCACUGGUACAAUGUUUCAACAAAUGAUGGCAAAAUAUUUGUCAAGAAAGAAAAAGGAGGAAGAUCAUACAUGAUUAAGAAACAAGCAGACCUGGAAGGACACUACUAAAACCCAAUAAAAUGGACAUGUAAAGUUAAGUGAAUAUAAGUUAAUGAAUGUUUAA